CAAUUGCGCCGGCAUAUAAAGCCGACGACGGCUCUCUGGCGGGCAUUUUGCUUGUAGUAGUGGCAUGAAUCUAACACCAAUCACGACAUGUUAAAACUUCAAAAAAUGUUAUGGAUGAUGAUGAUAGUGUGGUGUGGUGUAGGGGCGGCAAGAGCGCCAAAAAUAUACAACGCACUAAUCACAUCCGAUGAAAAUCUAUCGCCUAGCCAAGCUUUUCCGAUAAUAGAGCCUGUUUUACAAACAACAGCUCUGGGUGUUGCACCACCACUGUUUCAACCACUUGUAGUACAUCAAACGCAACAUAAUCAACAAAAUCAACAACAAUCAAAUGUUAAUUCUAAUCCUGGUCCAGCAAAUGUACAAAAAAUACCAUCUGGACAACCACAAUUAGCAUAUCAUGAUGCAUAUUCGUUAUAUCCAGUAUCCUAUGAUCCAUAUUUACAAUAUGGUUACCAUCAAAAUUAUGUCUAUUCACCGCCAUUGCCAUAUUAUCAACAACCCGUUUAUAUUGAUUACGCACAUCAAACAAAUUACGCCAACGCACCUCAAAAACAAGAAAAACCGGAAAUUGUACAAGAAAAUCAACGACCGGUUGUACCAGUGCUGCCACCACAAGUACCAACAGCAUCCGCAGCGCCCCCACAUGUCAAUUUUAAGAAAAACCCAGAAAUUCCGGAUGUUAUCCCACCGCUACCAUUCACAUUGCGCAAGGAAACGAAACAAAAAAUGAAUCAAUUGCAAUGAUUUAUAUGUCUAUUGUUAUUUUUAUUUAUUUUAUCUGCAACAUACAAUUAUCUAAGUUAUUAGUGAACAAUAAAAACUGAUUAAUAAUAAAUCAUAAUAA